AUGCGCGACUUGCACGCCGACAGCAUCUCGCACCUCGUGCGAGUUCCAGGCAUCGUCAUCGGCACCACCACCCUCUCUUCUCGCGCCACACACCUCCAGAUCAUGUGCAGGGACUGCCGUGCCACCAAGUCUCUCCCUGUCGUUUCUGGUUUUGGUGGCUUCACCUUGCCGCGAUACUGCGACUCCACAAAGAUGGACACGACAGCACCACAGUGCUCCACAGACCCCUACGUCAUUCUCCACGACAAGUGCCGCUUCGUCGACAACCAGACUGUCAAGCUGCAAGAGGCGCCAGACAUGGUACCCGUAGGUGAGCUGCCCCGUCACAUGCUCAUGUCCGUAGAUCGUGCGCUCUGCGGGCGUGUUGUGCCAGGCUCGCGCAUCAUCGCUACGGGCAUCUACUCGACCUUUACCAGCGCCGGCAAGGGCUCCAAGGCGGGUGCUAUUGCGCUGCGUACGCCGUACCUCAGGGUCGUCGGUCUCGAGAUCGACGCCGAAGGAGCAGGCGGCCGCGGCAUGGCCCGCAUCUUUUCGGCCGAGGAGGAGGAGGAGUUUGCCCGCCUCUCGAGGACGAGGGAUCUGUACGAAAAGUUCUCUGCAAGCAUCGCACCAAGUAUCUUUGGCAACCAAGACAUCAAGAAGGCCAUCGCAUGUCUGCUGCUCGGCGGUUCCAAAAAGGUGCUGCCCGACGGCAUGCGUCUGCGUGGCGACAUCAACGUGCUCAUGCUCGGUGAUCCCGGUACUGCCAAGUCGCAGUUGCUCAAAUUUGUCGAAAAGGUGUCGCCCAUUGCCGUCUACACUUCAGGAAAAGGUUCAUCGGCAGCCGGUUUGACCGCGUCGGUGCAGCGCGAUCCUCAGUCACGCGAGUUCUACCUGGAAGGCGGUGCCAUGGUCCUGGCGGACGGCGGUGUGGUAUGUAUCGACGAGUUUGACAAGAUGCGUGACGAAGACCGUGUGGCCAUUCACGAGUCGAUGGAGCAGCAGACCAUCUCGAUCGCCAAGGCCGGUAUCACGACGAUCCUCAACACACGCACGUCGGUGCUUGCGGCAGCCAACCCGAUCUUUGGUCGCUACGACGAUAUGAAGUCGCCCGGCGAAAACAUUGACUUCCAAACAACAAUUCUGUCGCGUUUCGACAUGAUCUUCAUCGUCAGGGACGAGCACAACGAGCAGCGCGACCGCACCAUGGCCAAGCACGUCAUGAACAUCCACAUGAACCGCGCCAACGACGCGACGGCGAUGGGCGAGUUCGACAUUGAGCAGAUGAAGCGAUACAUCUCCUUCUGCAAGGCGCGCUGCGCCCCACGCCUGUCGCCCGAAGCCGCCGAGAAGCUCUCGUCGCAUUUUGUUGCGCUGCGUAAACAGGUGGCGCAGGUGGAGCGCGACAACGACGAGCGCUCUUCGAUUCCCAUCACAGUGCGUCAGCUGGAAGCUAUCGUGCGUAUCUCGGAGUCAUUGGCCAAGAUUACCCUCUCGCCGACGGUGGGCGAGGAGCACGUUGACGAGGCGAUGCGUCUGUUCAGGUCGUCGACCAUGGACGCUGUUCAGGCAGGUAAUGUCGAAGGCAUGACACGAGGCGAGCUGGCCGAGGAAUGCCAGAAGCUGGAGCGCGAGAUUCGAAGGAGGCUUCCCAUUGGAUGGAGCACGAGCUACGCCAAGCUGCGACAUGAGUUUGUCGAGAGCCAAGGCUAUACGAACCAUGCGCUCGAGAGGACGCUGUUCAUCUUGGAAAAGCGCGACGUGGUUCGCUUCUCGAACCAACGCAAGGCUCUUACACGAACUGGUGUUUGA